GCAAAGAAGGUACGGCGACCUCUACUCUAUAGGCUAUUCGAAUCCAAGAUGGCGUCGGGUGCAGCACAUCUACUCUCCAUGGGCCUGGGUCUGUUCUUCUGCACUACUGGGUUACCGAAGCUCUUUUCCUUCAUCCCGGCACACAAACUUUUGAAAGAUGAGUUUGUAAAUUUUGCGGCAGUGUUUCCGCUGAAGCCGCUGGGGAUUGUCCCAAACCCAACGCUGUACCUGUACGCCAUUGGUGUGAUAGAACUCGGGUGCGGGGUCAUGCUGGGACUGGGAUCACACGAACAACAAGUCGCAAGUAUGUGGCCUCAACUCUCCCAAUUCUUCAGAAUGAUAGAUUCAAUCAUCUAUUUGAAAAUAAUGCUAAUUAGUGCGAUGGUGUUACUUGGAGUGAUGGUUGGGGCGAUCCACACGCUGGUAUCGCUGGGCAGGAGGAAGGCAGAGUGCAUCCCUGCCGCUGUGUGUCUAUCUCUACUGGGACUGUUCCUGACUCUAUAG